UGGAUUAGAUGUAUAGCCAUUGAGUGCGUAACGAUCAUGGAGACGGUCACUUCCAGAGACGUUCAAGAGAUUGUAGACAAACUCUCAUCCGACAAAGCUAGAGCUCGCGAUGAAGGGAUCAAGUUAUUAAGUACAUGGUUAGAAAGAUCAAAGAACUUCAUCAAAUUUAUUGGACAGAACACUGCAAAGCUUAGACCGGAUGAAGUUGCUCACUCUGAAACAUGGCCUUUUCUUGUUUCUUUACUUAUUCAAUGUGCGUCGUUGGAAUCCUCGAGGAAAGAUCCAAACGUGAUAUAUGCAAAGACUCUUAGAGUUGUUGUGCAACGAGCGGAAGAUGCUAAAUAUUCAGGGAAAAUUUUGCCAUUGUCAUCUGUGAUUAUACCACUUUUUAACCAUGUUUUGGAUGUCCUGAGAAAUGUUCCACGCUUUCAGUCAGAGUAUGGGAUUAUCCUUCGGCAUCUAUUGACAGUUAGGGAUUAUAGUUUCCACAUGAAGAAGCCCAUUUACCGCAGCCUGGUGAAACUGUACAUUGGUAAAGUUGAAGCGAGCUUGAAUGGGAAAAUUAGUAGGGAUUCUACUCCCAAGGGGGAGGUGUUCCGCUAUAUCUUAACGCUUCAGUCGCUUUUGGGAAAUCCUCCUAGAGACUACCCUAAUAAUCUAAGAGAAGACAUUGUUAAGGGGUUUGUUAGGAUCUGUUCAUUCAUCAGGGAAGAGGGAAUGACAUCACGCAAGCUUAUUGAGUGUAUAAAUACAUAUUUGUUAAAUGAUGGUCCUAAUUUGGGCUUUCAGCUGUUAGAGAUCCAUAGUGCCAUGCAGCAGUUUGUGUUCUGCUGUUGGCUGACAACACAUGAUCGAGUUCUUAAGGAUUCACUUAUAUUCUAUGCAAGGAUACAGUUAAAUUUAAUGAGAGGUGCUGGUGAUAGGAGUUUAUUGGUAGAACAGCUUUUGGAUGUGAUUUGUAAGGAUCUUGAUCAGGGUAGCAUGUCUAGUACUUCAAUUCCGCGGGGGAACAGAAAUAAAGAUGAUAAACUUGGAGCUUUGAGUAGCUCACAAUGUGGCUUGGUGGAGCUUGCAGCAGUUCUAUUUUAUAGGGCAUGCCUUAAUACAACCAGAGCCUCAUUAAGUGAGAAACGGGUUAAGAGGGAUCCAGCUGCUUUGAUCUUGAGGGAGGCACUCAUGAAAGGCAAAUGGUUAUGGAGUGCUGCAUUUUGUUCUCUCACUCGAAACUACCAUACUCACAUUUGCAAAGAUCUGUUUCUCUACUGGUUUGAAGGCAUAUGGAUGAGCUUUGACAGAAUCCUGAAUUCGGCGAAUAUUGAUUGUGCCUAUGAUGGUUUGUUGUGGACUAUGCGGAGUUUGCAGGAACUUUCAUCUGUUCUGUUGCUUCCAAACUCAAUGAUGGAGAUAUCCUCAAUUUCAAAUGAGUUCAUCAAUGGUUGGCAACUACUAUGGAGUACUUUAGUGCAUGGAUUGCCUAUUUUCAGCAAUAUAUCUGCUCUUGUGGAUGCUGCUUUGGUACUUCUUAGUAAUAUAGCCUCGAAUGAUUUAGUGAAUACAUGUGUUAUACCUCAAGAUGUGUGGGAUCUUCAGUUUUUCAAAAGAUCAACUUCAAUACCUGUCUUGUAUUUUUUCUCAUGUUACUUUUCAAGGAAAAGUUCCCAUACUGACCUCCGGGAUAUUUUACAUCUGAGGAAGAACCUUCUAAGAGCAUCUUUGAGUAAUCUUAAUUGGAAGGGUUAUUCAACUUUGAAUGAACGGAUGGUGUUGUUCCUUCCUAGUGCUAUGUACGCACUUUGUUCAGGUUGUGUUCCUUUUACUCAAUGCUUUAAAGAACUUCCUUUAGUAUACAGCUCUGUCCACGUUGCUGAGGUUCUAAAUGACUGUCUUAAGUUAGAAGACUCUAGAUACCAAUGUCUACAUGAAUUUUUGGAUUGCUCUGUGGAAGUUCUCACAAAAAUUGACAAGGUUUCUGAAGUUGAGGUUUCCCAAUCGCAAAGAUAUCCACGUGUACGUAUUCCCCAUGAAAUAAGUGAUCAGCUAUUGCAUGAAAUGGAGAGCUCUAUUCUUGGAGCAUUGGUGGAAGAAGAGAUUAACCAGAUGCGGUUACCUGAUAUUUUCUUAAUAUGUUCUCUCUUGUCUAACAUACUAUAUGGAUCUUUUUUCACAAGGAAAAAAAUUGUUUCACUCCAAUCAAAGUUAAGCCAAUACUUGCAAGUGAUGCUUGAUAAUGCUGCCAGAAUCAUUCAAAAAGACGGUGAUCUCCGGGCUUUUAGUUGCUUAAGUGAUGAUCCUAAUGGUGAUGAUGUGGAUUCUCUUGCUGCUUCUGUUCGUUGUUUCCUUUCAUCUCCUCUAUUUUACAAAUGGAGGGAUCAAAAUUUUGUGGACUUUGUUCCAUUUGGUGAGGUAAUCCAAUCUGUGGAGAGACUCUUGAAAGCAUUUGUCAAUCUAUAUCAAUGUUAUUCUCAGCAUGUGAUGAACCUUCAGUCUGAGACGAUCAUGCAAGAUAUAGCUUCAAUUGGUAGUAUUCACGGUUCUUGCUCACAUAACAGUAGUAAAAGCAGGAUUGUGGAUAUGGAAUUGGAUGUAAAUGAUGAUUCUAGAGACGUAGAUAGUGAAGCAGUUGGGAAAAAAAUAAGCAGUGGAGUUUCGUCUUCUGCAGAGAAGUGGAAAAUGGGCAUGGUAUCACUUAUUUCCAGUUUUUUCUCUGCUUCACACGUUCUUACGUGGGAUAUCCUCUUCAAACUAAUGGAGAAAGAAUAUGAUCCUAAGGUGCGUGAAAAAAUAUUGUAUCAUCUCUGUCAAAAUCCUCAUUGGUCUUCUGCUGCAAAAUUUAUUGGUUUGGUCAGCGUAAUGAAUGAUAUUAUUGAAGAGCAAGUUAGACUUAAGCUUGCUUGUGAUAAUGUAUUGACUUCUAACCAUGCUUUACUAACUAACUUAUCCUGCCUGGAUGCUAUUGGUAAGGACAAAUGUAGCCUGUGCUUGGAGGAAAUUGAAACUGAACAGUGCUUUCUCUCACUAGGAAAUGUGGUGCAUAAACUUUCAAAAGUUUAUCUUGAUUGGUUUGGACGAGUGAAGCUGAUUGGUUGCAUCUGGAAUCUUGUUUUACUCCAUCCUCAAAUUGGUCAGACAAUGAUAGAACGGUUACUUUCGAUGCUCAAAGAUACUGACUACCGAGUUCGAUUAUUUCUAGCAAGGAGAAUUGGUGUUCUUUUCCAAACAUGGGAUGAUCAUGAAGAGCUAUUUCAGGACAUUUGUUUAAAUUUUGGUGUUCAAUUGGUGGUUUAUUCGAAAGGAAAAGUUGUCAAUGCAAAGGAGGUAUUAGCUGCUGGUCCUCAGCCUCAACCUAUAAUGGAAACAGUUGUGAUUACUCUUAUGCAUCUUGCCUUACAUAGUGAGAAGAUUGAAUUGCAGGCUGUUUUCAUGAUCUGUGUGGUUUCUGCCAUUGAUCCUUGUCAUAGGGAAUUGAUCUGCACUGUACUUGACAAUCUUUCUGGAGAGCUUCAAUAUAUGACUAGAAUGAAGUACUUAGAGGAGCUUUUGGGACCAAUUCUCUUUUGUUGGGUAGCCUGUGGCGUAAGCUUAGUUGCACUUGUUGAGACAAGGCAUCUCUUCAUACCAGAUGCAGAACCUGGUCAGUUCCUUCAGUAUUGUUUUCCAUGGCUUCUUCCUGCUCUGCUUCUUCAUGAGAACAGUUCCGAUCUCGAUUGGGUUGCCAAGGUUACUUGUCAACCUUUGACAGUUAUUGUAAAAAACCACUUCGCUUCGAUAUUUUCAGUUUCUAUGGGUUUGCAUUGCAGUAAGAUACCAGGAUCGGAGAGGGGUACACUUGUACUUCAGAGUUCCGUUUUGCAGUUUGCUCAGAUAUCUGAGGAUGAACGGGACAAACUCAUAAAGAAACAUAUGGUCUCUAUCGUGAGCUGUAUUUUAUCUCUGUCCUCUUGUUCAUCUUAUCCUGUAGUCCCUUUCUUUUCCAAGGAUGCAGUGGCACUUGCAAUUCAAACAAUUGUUGAUGGAUUUCUGGACUUGGAUGAUAAUCGUACAAGUGCUGCUGUUAUUGAUAGGAUCAACAUAUUUCGCCCUGAUAGAACUUUCAUGUUUUUGGUAGAAAUUCAUUAUAAAAUUGCGGCAGCAUCUCAUUACAGGCAUAAGUGCCACCGAUUGGCCGGAAUUGAGGUGCUUAUUAGUAUUCUUGGAAAGAGAGCUGCUGUUUUAAGCACUUCCAAUUAUCUUUUGAACUUGAUUGGGCCAUUGAUUGGAUGUCAUGCUUUACAUGAACAAUGCUGUCAUAUACUUUCUGCAUUGUUGCUACUUUUUAAAGAGAGUACAUCCGCAGAUAUCAGCAGUAUGCUUGGGGAACAGCUCCAGUUUCUUGUUUCAAAGUUGGUGGCGUGUUGCAUUCCUUCUAAAACCAAAAAUUUGUGUGAUAGCACUACAUCACAAGUUUUAUCUCUGCUCCGUAUGUUAACUGUAGAUUCUGAUCCAUCUAUGUAUGGUUAUGUCAAAGAAUUGGAAUCAUUCCCUGAAUUAAAAAUCUUUGAUGAGAUAAAGAUGUUCCAUGAAGAAUUAUGCCACACUUACUCUAUACGUGACCACUUAUUGAAGUUUGUAAAGAAGUCUUGCUUUCUUCCGCCAAGGUUACUUUUAUCAGGUCUCCAGGGGUUGCAUAAUAAAUUACUGAUUGGAGAAACCUUUCAAAGAAGACAGAUAGCAGAAGGUCAUUUAAACGAGAGAUAUUGGCAUGGUGAUCAUGAAAUCGUGGAUGCAGUCUGGACACUUGUUCACUUGUGUGGCUCAAAUGAUGCAGGCGGUGUUAGAGAAUUGGUUUCAGAUUUCAUUUCUAGGGUUGGUGCAGGGGACCCAUAUUCUGUUGUUUUCCAUCUUCCUGGCCAGAGUAGUCAUAUUCGUGUUGGUAAAUCUAUUGAUAUCAGUAUUGCAGUGGAAAUCAGUUCCAGCAUAGACACAUGCAUCUCUGAAGAACUUUUGGUUGUCCUUAUAAAAUUUCUAACGAAAUAUCUGAUGGAUGAUUCUGUGAAAAUUGUUGAUAUGGCAUCACAAACUCUUCGCGGAAUACUUUCAACUGAAAGAGGCCAAAGUGCUUUACAGUCUUUUGAUUCUUAUCAGAGAUCUCUGGUUGAGGUGCAUUCUAAAGGUACUAACAUCGAACUUGUGGAAAGUUUCCUUUUGUACCUGGAUAGGAAGUCAAAAGUCGUUCCUUCUCCAACAAUGUCAUUGGAGAAGUCUACUGUGUGGGUUACAGAUGGUAAAUCUUUUGAGAUGUGGGUUUGUCCAUUGGUUUAUUCACUUAUUGUCCACUGCAAUGACGUGAUGCUAAGAUUGUGUCAAGAUAUUGUGCUGUUUAAAGCUGAAGUUGCUGAGCUUAUUUUGCCAAGUAUUUUUGUCAAUAUCGCUGCAAGAAAGGAUCUGGAGAUUGAUCUUCACAAAUUAAUCUGUUUGCAGUUGAAGGAGCAUAUAUUUACAGAGUCUAAUAAAUUGAUCAAAUCGAUUCAAGUGGUUUUAAAUUGCCUUAAUGAACUUCGAAUUUGUCAUGUCAUGGAAAGAUCUUCAUUUGUGCCAUCAAGGCGUGAAAAGUCCAAGGUUGCUAUAUUACAAGAAAUUGCAGGUUUGGAAUUGUUUGCCAAUAACAACAUGUGUCAAUUCAUGGUGAACGAAAAGGAUUUCCUAGGUAACCCAAUUUCUGUCCAGAAUGGGUACCCAUAA